AUGGUUUACUCAUACUCCUUUGAUUCACUUCUUAUCUCGUAUUUGGUUGAGCAACGAUAUAAAGCAGCGCUGUUUCGCAUUCCUGGUAGCACAAUGAUCUUCAUAUGGUACUCAGCGGCAGCCCUAUGCUUGAGCAGCGCCAUUGCCGAUCCUAACCUCACAGGUGACAAUGCUCUACUGGAGAGCAUUACAGCUCACGAGGGAGUCAAAGUUACUACCGCUCCACGUCAUGACGAUUGUCCAGGACGUUCAUCGUUGCGACAUUUAUGUCUCCCGUGCAAGACGAUUGUCCAUUCUUGGCGGUCAACAAUGGAAAGAGUUGUGAUGGUGCGAAAGGUUGGUUUGUGCAAAUAG